AUGCGCUGCCAUCUGGAGAGCCUGGCCGGAUACCGCGUCCGGUUUUUUCCCGGACUGUGUGGACGCAGGCAGCACACUUGGCCAAUCAGAUUGGGCUGUGUGUGUGUGUACAGCAUGACUUGCCGAUGCCGACUGUGCUACCGAUGGACGCCCCUCUUCCCCACUCCCUCUUCAAUGGCUGUGAACCAGCAUGCCCUGCUUUCUGUAAAUAUUUUGCCCCCUUCUGCCCGGUCGACCGAAGCCAAGAUCUGUUCGCUGCUUGUCUGUACAUAUCGCCAAUGUUGCCUAACCAAGUCCAGGUCCGUCGGAGGCCUGCAUGUUGUCCCGACACAUUUGUUUGUGUAA